AUGACAUUCUCAGGCCUUCCUCGGAGUAGCACCAAGCGACAGGAAAAGAAUCAGGGCCGCAAGUCCUAUCUCUACUAUGCUGAGCGCCGGAAAGCACAUCUUGCCAAUGGAUUUACACUCCCUCAGUGUGCCCCGAGAACAAAUAUAUCGUCUGCCUCUGUACGAGGGAAAUGGCUUCGGUUCUGCUCGGAGGCUCGCCUCAACCCGGAUGCCUUGCUUCAAAACCUAACUUCAGCCGAUGUCAAGGCCUGGUUUGACUGGAUCAAGGUAAACUUUCAUGGCUCAAUCAAAGCUCACAGCGCCCUCGCAACCUAUUGGAGGACUCUCAAGAGGCUUUACUUCAUGACAAAUUUGAAGACAAUGGGCGAAUUGAUGGAGAAAGACUGUAUCAAUUACAUGAAUAUUGUCAGUAAGGAGAUGGGCCUGCGCAAACACCCACUACCUAAGCCUACCGAGCAAUCAGUCGACCUUCUCCAUUUCCAGACCACUCAUAUUGUUCACUGCGAUGCAGUAUUCGCCGAUGAGAAGCAACGCCUCUACCAUAUGGCGGGCCUUAAUUUAUCCAGCAUUACUGCCUGUCGAGCGGUUUCGCUAUUUGAUACUCGGUGUCCUAUCAACAUUCAACCGGACGGCAGCGCGCCUGUUUUCACUGAAGGCAAGGCGACUGACGAUGAGGCGUUGCUGCUACAAUCUGGCAGUCAAGACCGGGGCUCUCUCAGCGAUUCUGGCUAUGAAACAAACCAGAGUAAUGGCUUUUGCGAGCUAGGCGACGAUAUAUCCGAUAAAGUAUCUUCUGACAGUUCUCUUUCUGACUUAGAGAGUGACGUUGAUUCCAUGUCAGACUGUUCUAGCGUGACAGAUGAUGGCUAUCUUGCUGGUGAUAAUAACACUGGCACUAUUCUCUGGAGACAUGUUGAUUUCUGCAUAGUCAGAAACCCUGUGCCCGGGUGCCCGAACAUCCUCGCUGCCACUGUGACUCUACUCCAUACCAAGGGAGAGGAUCGCAAGCCUCGAAUAAAGAGAUUUGUGAUCGAGCAUGAAGAAAACCUGAUCUUUGACUUACUGUCACAGCUCCUGGCUCUCGCCUGGCACGACCGCAUUUUUGCCGCAGAUCAUAGAGAUGUAGAGGACAUAUACACUUUCCCGAUCCCUCCACAUCGAAGGGGCAUGAAAUUGAAGGUCAAGAGCGAAUACUUAGAUAAGCCGAUCUUUCGUGAGCCAGAACACACCUCAGAUGGUUACAGAACAUCAGAUUCCCAACCGCUCAAGUCCCAAACUUGGAGCCGCAAUCUCAAACGGACAGGAGAGAAGUCUGGCGAGGAGCAAAACCUAACCCAGAAAGUGCUUCGGCGUGGCGGCAUCAACGCUAUCAACAACAAGGCGCCAGCCUCGGUUCGGGAUCAGGUUGCUGAUCAUGAAUCUAAUGCUGUUAAAUAUUACUUGAAUGAAGUAGUAGACUUUGACACUGCCGCUGCGUUCCAUCAGCGGCCAUCAAAUGAAGCGGUGCAGAGGGAGUUCCGAUCGGCAACCCUCCUGGCAGACAAUACCGCUCCUCUGGGUUUGACAGACAAACAUAAACGCCGCAUCGCUAGGGACCCUGAAGUUCGGCGCCUGCGGAGAGUCUGUCGAUCUCUCACUGAGGCUAUCCGUCAGAGCAAGUACCGAACCGUGAAAGGAGCUAAGGGUACCAAAAUCGGGGAGAAAAAGAGGCGAGCGGAUGCGGAACUGAAUAGCAAGCUCGCUGAACUGCGACAGAAGGCAAAGGAGAUGAAUCGACGACGGCAUUUCCGAAAUACAGACACCGUUCUUUUCAACCAGCGGUAUGAGAAUGGCCCGCAGCCACAGGAGAGUGAGGUCCUGGACCGCUCUCCCCAUCACUACCAGAUUCCGGAACGCGCGGAGCUCGUUGACUUACUUUUCUACACCCCGCCCGCGGAGACAGAGGAAGACGCUUUUCUUCGUCGGUUGAGGUAUAUUCGCCUUCUAGUCCGGUGGCAGUGUCGGAAGGAAGCACCCCGUAGGGGGAGGCAAGCGGCAGUUGCGACCAUGCCCCAACCGCAACCAUCUCCAGCAUCCCCAACAGUCAACACUAUCCCAGAGAAAUAUGACCCAUUACAGUGUCCGUUUUGCCUGGCAGACCAGAGGCUACCACCUCUUAAUCGUGAAAAGAAGAAGAGCAAAAUUAAUAAGCUUUGGGAUCAUGUGGAGAAUCUGCAUAGGGAAGAACUCGCAGCAUUCGAUUCUGGCACACAAUGCUGUGGAUUAUGCGGUAUGAGAAGCGUCGAUUUCAUCCCUUCUAGUGUGCCUGCUUUCAAAAAUCAUACCCAGGCCAUCCAUGGAAUCCGGCUUCGGGCAUGA